UCGGCAGCAUAGCCAAUUAAGAAAAAUAAAAGCAUUCCAGAAUUUAAUUGCCUGCUGCAAUUGUGAGGACGUUUAGAACAAACUGAGGACGUUUUGAGCAAACUGAGGACUCUGCAACUCAGACCACAAUGGCGCGACGUCUGAUGUACUGUAAGGUCGUCCUCGCGACGUCCAUGGUGUGGUUUAUGCUGGACAUUGCAUUCAUCAUGUACUACAGCGACUGCACUGACGAGACGAGAUGUCCUCGGGCACAGGAGAGUGGCGUGGGGCCUCACGAAGAAAGUAGGGGCUUUCCGGUUGCCCAUGAGAAACCGCCCCCGGUCGUCCACCCGAAGAACGGUCCGGGCGAGAUGGGCAAAGCAGUGGUCAUCCCGCCAGAUCAGGAAGAAAAGAAGAAAGAGAUGUUUAAGAUCAACCAAUUUAAUCUUCUGGCCAGCGACAUGAUUUCGGUUAACAGGUCCCUGCCAGAUGUCAGAAUGGAAGGAUGCAAAACAAAAGAGUAUCCUCCACACAGCGUCCUACCAAAGACAAGCGUCAUUAUCGUCUUUCACAAUGAGGCCUGGAGCACACUGCUACGCUCCGUCCACAGCAUCAUCAACCGGUCGCCAUGGGAACUCCUCGAAGAGAUCAUCCUGGUAGAUGAUGCAAGUGAAAGAGAUUUCCUUGGGAAAGAACUUGAGAAGUACGUCAAGAAGCUUUCUGUGCAUACCCACGUCGAGCGGAUGGGGAAGCGCAGCGGUCUUAUACGAGCCCGGUUACGCGGCGCGUCAGUCGCCAAGGGAGAAGUCUUGACAUUUCUCGACGCCCAUAUAGAGUGCACCGAGGGAUGGCUUGAACCAUUACUAGCUCGUAUUCACAAAGAUAGGAAAAAUGUAGUCUGCCCAAUCAUUGACGUCAUCAGCGACGAAAACUUUGCCUUUCACACCGGUUCCGACCUGACUUAUGGAGGCUUUAACUGGAAACUGAACUUCCGCUGGUACCCUGUCCCACAGAGGGAGACAGAUAGGCGACAUGGUGACAGGACAGAGCCCCUCAGGUCGCCGACCAUGGCAGGCGGUCUCUUUGCCAUCAGUAAGGCAUACUUUGAGGAGAUAGGGACUUACGAUGCAGGAAUGGAUGUCUGGGGCGGGGAAAACCUUGAGAUUUCAUUCAGAAUAUGGAUGUGCGGAGGGACGCUAGAGAUAGUCACAUGUUCUCACGUGGGCCACGUCUUCCGCAAAUCCACGCCUUACACCUUCCCCGGAGGAACGGGUAAAAUCAUCAACCGCAACAACCAGCGGUUAGCCGAGGUCUGGAUGGACGAUUAUAAAAACUUUUACUACAAAAUAUCACCAGGUGUGAAGAAAACAGAAUUUGGUGAUGUCUCGUUGCGGAAAGAUCUGCGGAACAAAUUGGAGUGUAAAAGCUUUGCGUGGUACCUGGAUAACAUCUACCCAGAGUCGCAAUUCAGGCUGGACUACCAGGUCAUUGGGGAGAUCAAGCAUGUAGAAACCAAGAAGUGUCUUGACAACAUGGGUCGGAAGGAGAACGAAAAAGUGGGCUUUUUCUCAUGUCAUGGACAGGGUGGCAAUCAGAUUUUUGCGAUGACAAAACAAGACGAGUUGAAACACGACGAUCUUUGUCUGGACGCGUCGGGCAACACCAAAUUCCAGGACGUUGUCAUGCUGAAGUGCCACGGCAAACGUGGAAACCAGGAAUGGAGAUACGAUGCAAAGUUAAAAACUAUCACUCACGUUCCAAGUGGCCUUUGUCUCGACAAGUCCAACAAAGCGAAGGACACCCCUACACUUGCAAAAUGCAACAGCUCGUCUUCACAGCAAUGGCAACUGGUGGAAAUUCCCAUGACAUCAUAGUGGUAGCUUUAUAGGGUUUUUUUUUGUUUUUGUUUUUAUAGUUAGGUUAUUAAAACUGGAAGGAUUUUUUUUUUUUUUUUGUAAUUAUUAACGGGUAUCUAUCUUUUAUGCAGCUUGAUGAUCUGGGGGGAAAAAAUUGUCUUUCUGGCUCAUUUGUCAGCUUCUUCCUGUGAAUCUAAUAGGCACAUAUAGACUCUGUGCGUGAACAGAAGUGGGUGGUUUGUGAGCCCCAUAUAGAGUACCGAAGUGUGACGUCAGAUUGAACCGGGAAGUGUAGUGCAAACGAAUGGAGUACGCGCGCGUGUUGGUUCACGGGCUGAAUCACGCGCUUAUGUCUUUUACACACAUAAUUGUGCGUGUGAUGUAUUCACUUCGGUACUCUAUAGGAGGACACACGACGUGCGCGUACUGAUUCGUGGGCGUGUGGCGCAGAGUACUUACAACUGUGUACUUACAAGUUUUGUUCCGAAUCUACACAAACUCUUGGAGUCUUCACGUCAGCGUCAGGCUCUGUCGGCAAUGCAUUUGAAAGUCCUCCUAAUGGAACCAAGUACCCAAGAACCCAACAACUGAUGUCAGGAACCGGUUCCAGAUUAUGGGAUCGAGUUUACCCGUAACCAAUUUACAAAUUACUCAGUAGCUUCUCAGACAAUGAAACAAAGUUUUGAAUGCCAUUGAUGGGGAUUUUUUUCAAAUGAAAAUCAGGCUACAUGCAAAACAAAAACAGAUUUCGCAUUUAUGUGCAUUUUAGCGCGCGACAGAUGACCCUCGCGAAAGUUGCAGUUUACACUGUAAAGCUAUAAGGCCGUUCUGACAAAUUCUUGAAUUUGAAUUUUGGGGUCGGUAACUUUGACGGAUAUCUGAGUACCCGUGUUUCACUUCAAUAGGGUAUUUGGUUCCUGUACGACCCGUAACUGCACACCACUAGUCUCCCCUGACUUUCCCUUUGUAACCGUUGAGGGGGUACCUGUGCACAGAGCCCAUAAAAGUACUCAGUUGAAACCCUUAGCUUUCUACUGCAAUUCUUUCAGUACUUCUACUUCACAUAACCAUUUCUCUGACAAUAAAGUCACUUUUGUCUCAUACAAAAAUGCAAAGUCUCUUCCUGCCAGUCGUAUAAUCACUAGCGGUGUAAAGUUUAGCUCAGUUUACUUUACCACUUUUUGUUUGAUCAUCAUCAAUACAAGGGCAUAUUGUUUCAAUACUUCAGCCACUAGGUUAAAAAAUGGAUCUGUUACCAACAAAUGCAACUGAUUCCAGAAUCAAAUCAAAGAGAUGGGAACUCGCCAGAAUUAAUGCACUUUUUGGCUGAAAACGAACUAAGGAUAAUCUUAAGUGUUUGGUUCCUGGGAAAAAGUACAUUUGUAAUGGAAAAUACUUAAACCUUGAUACCAAGUAAAGGCCAUUGAAAAUUAAAGUUGUCAAUGUUUGCCUACAAAAAUCACGCAACAAAAUGUAGAAAUAAUCACAAGGAACUAAAAUGCAAAAGAAGAUUCUCAUCUGCCGGAAUUUAAGAAAUUGUGAUAAAUAUCAAUAUGAAAAGUUGACGCGUUUGCAAAAUCUUUGUUCAAUGUGAAAAUAAGUUCUUGGUUAUUUUCAACUUAUUUCUUUAUUCACUCCCAUUGACCGAAAGUGCAAUGCAAAAAAACAAAUGUAAUAACUGUGAAACAAAAAUGGUCACCUAGUUGUUUUAAAAAAAAUGCUAGGUGACGAUUUGUAUCAAAAUGUCUAUAUUUGCAUGACUCUUCAAUUCUUUCGCAACAGAUUUUUAAGAGUAACUUGAAAACGAUUCACCACAGUUCUUUGUACAUAGCUUUCAGUAAUUUACAUGUCUUUCAAGUGUAAAUAAUAUACAGUGAGCAGUUUGGAUCAUUUCUAUUCUGGUUUUGUGGAUUUUCAAAUUUUGAUUUUUUUUUCAGUGUUUUUCGUUCAGUUCAGUUCAAAAUUGUCAUUGUGCCUUUAAGUGUUAAGAUACUAGAAAAAGAAGAAAAAAUGAGGGAGAGACGUCAACUUGUGAGGUUAUUCACAUGAAUGUUUGUCAACUCUCAUUUGGUUGUUUUUAUUCACCUUCAUAUUGAGCACCAUAUGGUGCUGAACACACAAUCAUUGGCCUUUGAUGUGGUUGUAAAAGUGCAAAUUUGUCAACAACAACAACAAAAAAUCCACCAAAUAUUUGUUCAGCAAAAACCCAACGUCAGCAAAAAGAUUUAUGAUUUUUGUUUUUUUGUGUUCUAUCUAUAGCAACUGAGGUGCUUUCAGAUGUUGAUCAGAUUUAUGUUGUGUUUUGCUUUUGAUUCAACUCAGUUUAGUUAGUCUGUUUUAAUUUCGAACUUAAGUUUAUACACUCAUUUUUAAGUUUAAAAGUCCAAACACGACUGUGCAAAGUAUACGGUACGGACGAUACGUCGUCUACAAACACGGAGCGCCAUCUUGUAUGGGUGUCUAUCAGGUUGCAUAAACUCUGCAUUUGGAAACAAAUUUUGGCUCAGAGUAGCACAUUCGAUGUCACUAUUUUGCCAUUGGUGGUGACUAUUGAUUAUUCAAUUAAAGGUUGUUUAAUACUAGUACAUGUAUUAUUAUUUUGCUUUGCAGUGACUGCCAGCCACCGUUUUGCCGAUGGUUGGCUAAAAGUACGUAUAGACUCCUAGCUCAAGAAACGUGCUUAGUUGGUCGGUAGGACAAAUUCAGCCAUGCAGGGAGUUUUAGGACUUGCUGCAAUAUUUUUAUUUGACAUCCAGGUUAUUUUCUCAACCUGUUACAAACAUUUCUAUAUUUCUGAUUGAGGGAAAAUUAAUAACACGAAAUGUUACUAAUAUUCUGUAGGGGCAAGAUUAUACAACAGAAAAAUUGGAAUCGUCGUGGUGUUAUGUGCAGGUCAGGUUUUUGACACGGCUUUGUCAAAUCACAACACUGAUGAGACAGCCACAGGAGGUCGAAGCUGCAGCUGAACGGGUCCUUUGGCACUGCCCAUCUUCGGUCACUUGGAUUCUCACAAUUAAGUGAAACUUAUAGGAAUGAGAAAAUAUUUCUUUAUUUGGAAUACUAAGAGUGCAGCCUCCGCACUUUUUUUUCCUUCAAUACAGCGAUACUGUGCAGAGCUCCGAUUGUUUUAGUCAUUGUGUUUAUUAUUUGUUUUCUUGUUGGCCAAAUCGUCUUUCAUGAUUUUGUUUUUACCGUAAUUUAAAUGAUGAAUUUGUAAUCAUAAGUUACUUUCUUGUCAAGUUUCUUUCAGAUGUACUGUUUAAUUUAUGAUUAUAAUUGUAUUAAAAAUGUACUUAAAAUAAACGUGUUCUAUAGGGCAUAACUACUAUUAACCAAAACGAUGCAGUUUUGUUGAAAGUACUCAAUGGAAUUUAAGAUUGACCAAUCAGAAACCAGAGUUGACUCACGUGUUCCCACGCAUUUUCACGUCGUGUUAAUGGUUUCAGUGACAGGGAUGGAAUAAGGAAUAAGCCUCUGUACUGAUGACGUCACACUUUGUUUACAUGUGCACUUUCCUAUGGAGCCAGUGGGGGCCCACGGUCCAGUGAGCACCAUAGGAAAGCACACACGUAAACAAAGUGUGACGUCAUCAGUACAGAGGCUUAUUAAUUAAGUUCUUAUACCAAAGUAACGUUUUAGUUUUUUUCUAGUUAUGGACAAACAAGAUGGCUUAAAUAUGACAUUUCAAACACAGCUACUUGAGACUGCUUUUCUUGGUCACCGGGGCCAAAUUUUAAUGACGCUGCCACAAUUCUGUUCUAUUUACUCUAAUUAAUUAAGGGAUAGAUGGGCCCAAGUUCAUUGCGCUGCAUGCUGACCACGAGAUUUGGCGCUUACGAUCCAAACUCUGUUCUAUUACAGCGCUGGUAUGGGAAUUUUUUUCUAAAUUCGUACCCCGUAAGCACGAAAUGCUUAAAAUUACCGACUGGAGAGUUAAUCAUUUGCUGUAAAUGAGAAAUACGCAAACCGCUGGGCGGAAUACUCUCAAGUUAUGGGCUCCGUUCGCCAACGAAAGAGAAAGAAUAGAAAGAGGGCGCCCUUUUACCUAGCAACGACGUGGGCGGGACAUUUAGCUGGUUGACGCGCAUCGUACCGAUUUCUGUGUGUGACGCACGUACACCAGCCGCGCGCCACGGCAAAAUUGCAGUCGGGCAGAUGGCGUCGGUCGGUCACCCCCAAUUUCCUUUGUCGGUGAAGGGAUACUUACUUGUGCACGGAGCGGAUACAUGUCAGGUAUUUGUUGCUUACAGGAGGCAAGGGCGGUCACGGGGGGUGGGGGAACAGGGGCCAUCCCCCCCCCCCCCCAACGAACCCAUUUUGGUUUUAUUUUAAGUGACGUCGCAAUAAAGGCAGGCACUGCACACACCACCAUCUUUUCCUCCUAAAAAAUGGUCAGAAAUUGCCUCAGAUCGCACCAAAAAUCCCAAAAAAUUUCCGGGCCCUUACGCGGGCCCAGAACCCCACGCGUAUUUUUUUUGGACCUACUUUUUGGGGGUAAAAAAUUGUGUUCUGGAUCCGCCCUUGACAGGAGGCAGAGCUGUUAAAAUUGGGCCCCAUUCUUAUGUGUUUAACAGCUUGUGUGUUUUAUUUGACCACCUUCGUCAGCUGAACUUCAUCAUAGUCAUACACAUGCUGUAACUUAUCUAUGCACUCAUUUCCAUGUGAUCAAAUUGAUUUUCUUACAAGAGUAAUAUCCCACUGUGCUAGAUAAAAAGUACAGGUUGAUUUUUUUUUUGGGGGGGGGUAUAUAGCCCAAUGAAGUUUGGCGCUUCAAAUCCAAACGUGCACCGUUUAAAUGGAUUAGCGUGUUUUAUUUUGUCAGUCAAUAUACAUGUAACUUGAUGUGUAAUUACGCAAAGUGACCGAUGCCGUAUACAUUCUCAUUUUUCAUGCGGCAAAACAUUGUGAGAGAAGUAAUUGCAGUACUGUCGUUUAAUUGAUUUUACUAUUAUUGUUUUUCCUUUGUUCUGUAAAAUGAAAAUCUACUUUGUAAUCAGAAAUGCCGAAGAUGUUAUUUUGGAAGUAAAGAUAAAUAUUGAUUUAAAGGUA